UUCAACCGUAUUUAUUUUAUUUGGACUCCUGCUCCACCACCCUUCCCCUGCUCGCUGGCUCCCAGGUAGCGUCUGAAAGGGCCCUGCUCCCAUUCGCAAUUAAAGAGUUUAUUGAGGAGGGGAAAACCGGUAAUUAGCAGGAAUAUUCCCCCCUCCCCGGUUCCACCUGCAGGGCAGGAGUGCAGCUGGCAGAAUGGCUUCCAGCAGCGACCUGGCGCACCCACACAAGUUUUGCUUUGGUUUUUGGUUUUUCUUUGCAAUGCCCUUCACCGGAGAGGGCUCCGGUUGUGCUGCUCGCCCAGCCCCGGUGCCGGUCAGCAGCACCCCGAGCUCAAACCGGAGCUCCCGGUUAUUUUGUUGAAGGUUUAUGAAGGCGCGCUCUUUCUCUCUCGCUCUCUCCAUAUUAAUCUCAUUAAAUCCUACCUUUCAACCUUCUUCCGUGACCAUCUGACCUGGCCACUUGAAUUAAAAUAGUGCUUUUCUCCGCAGUCAAAGACAGCACAUCAAUCAUCGGGCUAUUUACACUUCGCUCCCUCCUUCAAAGCGGCUCAGCCCGGGCGCUCUCUGCCUCUGCUCCCGGGCUGCGGCCGCGUCCCGCGGGGCUCUCGGGGGGCUUUUCCCUUCCUCGCCCCUCUCCUGGGUGUCCGGGCGGCUCCCGGCUCCCUCGGGAGCGCUGCCCGGGACCGCUGCUUCCCACCUGAAACGCAGAAGAAAGCGGCGCGGUACCCGCGGAAGCUCCGCGCAUCCCGACCCGGCAGGGGAACCCGGCUCGGGCAGCGCGGGGCUGCCGCGGGAGCGGAGCCGGGGGGGGGGGGGGGGUCCGCGGAGGGCCAGGAUGUUCAUACAGACAAAGCGGCCGCGGAGAAGGAGCGCGGCUCCCGCCGCCCGUGCGGAGCGGGGAGAUCCGGUAGAGACGCGAGAAAUGACGGCAAAGCACAAAGAGUAAAUUCAGUUGUUUGAGAAGUUCCGCGCCCCCCUGAGCCGAGGGGAGCACGGGGGGAGAGGGGGUGACAAGGGAGAAAAUAAAGACAGACACGGACGAGAAGUUACUGUAAAGAAAUAUUUUUCAGGUUAAAAAAUAAAAGCAUGUAACAUAGGUACAGUUACGAGAUGACAGCCAUUAACAAACUCUCUCUACAGCAUUGCUAUUUAGUAGUAACAGUAAUAAUAAUAAUAUAACGAUAAUCACCUCUUUAUGGGAUGGCACCUUGAUCCUUAAAUAUUGUCCAGUGUGUAAGGUCAGUGUGCGGAGGGUUAGGAGCGGAGAGGGCUGAUUUUUCUUAAAGGGGCAGAUCAGGGGAAGGCUGGGAUGGUGCUGGGAGAGAGGAGGGGGGAGAGAUAAGUGGUCUGAGGAAGAGGAUAGGACAAGGAAAGAAAAAAAAGCCAACAACCGCAAACCACCCCGAUGAUGAUGAAUACAUUGGAAAGUUUUUUUGGCCGCGGUGAGGGUGUCAGAUUGAAUGCUCUGUGCGCAUGUGCGAAGGUGUCCAAACUGACAAUGCUUGGGAGAUGAAGAUAGUGUGUAGCUGCUUCUGGGCUCGGGGAGGAGGAGAGGAAUCCGCCAGCCGACACGAUGAGAUCCAAGGCGAGGGCGAGAAAACUGCCCAAAAGUGACAGCGAGAUUGUAAAUAAUAUGUACGAGACCGACCCUGAUCUCCUUGCUGGCGAAAGUGCAGAGGAGGAAACAGAGGACAGUAUUAUGUCCCCCAUUCCUGUCGGACCUCCAUCACCCUUUCCCACCAGUGAGGACUUCACUCCCAAGGAGGGCUCACCUUAUGAAGCUCCCGUCUACAUUCCUGAUGACAUUCCAAUCCCACCAGAUUUUGAACUCAGAGAAUCUUCGAUUCCAGGGGCAGGGCUAGGGAUUUGGGCCAAAAAGAAGAUUGAAGUUGGGGAAAGAUUUGGACCCUAUAUGGCAGUACAGAGGAGCACAUUAAAGGAGACAAACUUUGGAUGGGAGCAAAUACUGACUGAUCCCGAGGUGACCUCCCAGGAGGGCAGUAUAAAAAAGAUUGCUGACGACCUGGGCAAUGAGAAGUUCUGUGUUGAUGCUAGCCCGAGUGGAGCUGGGAACUGGCUGAAGUACAUCCGUGGGGCCUGCUCCUGUGAGGAGCAGAAUCUGGCCGUGUGUCACCUCAACGACCAGAUCUAUUAUAAAGUUAUUAAAGAAAUUGAGCCAGGAGAAGAGCUCUUGGUGUAUUUGAAGGAAGGUGGUUAUUCACUUGGGAACAUGGCGCCCAGCAUGGAAGAAGAGCACACGUUCCGCUGCGAGGACUGCGAUGAACUGUUCCAGUCCAAGCUCGACCUGCGGCGCCACAAGAAGUACGCCUGCAGCGCUGUCAGCUCCCUCUACGAGAGCCUGAGUGACGAGAUCAAGCAGGAAGGUCUUGGAGAUGGACAGGUCUAUGAGUGCAAAGACUGCGAGAGGAUGUUCCCCAAUAAAUACAGCCUGGAGCAGCACAUGGUAAUCCACACCGAGGAGAGGGAGUACAAGUGCGACCAGUGUCCCAAGGCUUUCAACUGGAAAUCCAACCUGAUUCGGCACCAAAUGUCUCACGACAGUGGGAAACGGUUUGAAUGUGAAAACUGUGUUAAGGUAUUCACUGACCCCAGCAACCUCCAGCGGCACAUCCGCUCCCAGCACGUCGGCGCGCGGGCUCACGCCUGCCCGGACUGCGGCAAGACCUUCGCCACCUCGUCUGGCCUCAAACAGCACAAGCACAUUCACAGCACUGUCAAACCUUUCAUAUGUGAGGUCUGUCACAAAUCCUACACGCAGUUCUCCAACCUGUGCCGGCACAAGCGGAUGCACGCGGACUGUCGCACCCAGAUCAAGUGCAAGGACUGCGGCCAGAUGUUCAGCACUACCUCCUCCCUCAACAAGCACCGGCGCUUCUGCGAGGGCAAGAACCAUUACAACCCCGGGGGCAUUUUUGCCCCUGGCCUGCCCCUCACACCCACUUCCAUGAUGGACAAAUCCAAGCCCUCUCCCAACCUCAAUCAUACCAGCCUGGGGUUUAAUGAUUAUUUUCCAUCCCGCCCGCACCCGGGGGGUCUUCCAUUCUCACCUGCCCCCCCAGCGUUCCCUGCCCUCACGCCAGGAUUCCCAGGGAUUUUCCCACCCUCUCUGUACCCCAGGCCCCCCUUGUUACCACCCACACAACUGCUCAAAAGUCCCCUCAACCACACUCCGGACGCAAAGCUCCCGAGCCCCCUCGGGAACCCAGCACUUCCUCUGAUCUCCGCAGUGAGCAACAGCAACCAGGCCACUUCCGGAGAGGAGAAAUGUGAAAGCAGCCUGGAGAACUCCUACCUGGAGAAGCUAAAAGCCAGGAACAGUGACAUGUCCGAUGGCAGUGACUUUGAGGAUGUCAACACAACCACAGGCACAGAUCUGGACACCACUACUGGCACUGGUUCUGACUUGGACAGUGAUGCAGAGAGUGACAGGGACAAAACGAAAGAUAAGAGCAAACAGAUGGAGAGCAAGCCAGAUUUUGUCAGCAGCUCUGUGUCUGCAAGUUCCACCAACAACACGAGUGAGAUCCCUCUCUUCUAUUCUCAGCAUUCCUUCUUUCCUCCCCCCGAAGAGCACUUGCUGCCUACCGCGGGAGCAGCCAAUGACUCUAUUAAAGCUAUCGCCUCCAUCGCAGAGAAGUAUUUUGGGCCUGGCUUUAUGGGGAUGCAGGAGAAAAAGAUGGGUUCGCUCCCGUAUCAUUCCAUGUUCCCUUUUCAGUUCCUCCCCAACUUCCCCCAUUCCCUCUAUCCUUUCACGGAGCGGACCCUCAAUCACAACUUGCUGGUCAAGGCAGAACCAAAGUCACCCAGGGACCUCCACAAAGUCGGCAGCACCAGCUCAGAGUCACCCUUUGAUCUCACCACAAAGCCAAAAGAGAUUAAGCCAAUCUUGCCGCCACCGAAGGUCCUGCCAGCCCCAUCCGCAGGGGAGGAGCAGCCGCUGGAUCUGAGCAUCGGCAACCGCAUCCGAGCCAGUCAGAACGGAGGCAGAGAGCCACGGAAAAACCACAUCUAUGGGGAGAGGAAGCUAAUGGCAAGUGAAGUCUUACCCAAGAUUUCCCAGUCUCAACUGCCUCAGCAGCCAUCCCUGCAUUACGCUAAGCCAUCACCCUUUUUCAUGGACCCCAUAUACAGCAGGGUGGAGAAGCGGAAGGUGACAGACCCUGUGGGUGCCCUAAAGGAGAAAUACCUGCGACCCUCCCCGCUGCUUUUUCACCCCCAGAUGUCAGCCAUAGAAACAAUGACAGAGAAACUGGAAAGUUUUGCAGCCAUGAAGGCAGACACUGGCACCUCCCUGCAGCCCCUUCCACAUCAUCCCUUCAACUUCCGAUCUCCACCUCCCACGUUAUCGGAUCCCAUCCUGCGCAAGGGCAAGGAGCGUUACACCUGCAGAUACUGCGGGAAGAUCUUCCCACGCUCAGCAAAUCUGACCAGGCAUCUGCGGACACACACUGGAGAACAGCCCUACAGGUGUAAAUACUGUGACAGGUCAUUCAGCAUUUCCUCCAACCUCCAGCGGCACGUUCGAAACAUCCAUAACAAGGAGAAGCCAUUCAAAUGUCACCUGUGUAACCGAUGCUUUGGGCAGCAGACCAACUUGGACCGGCAUCUUAAGAAACACGAGCAUGAGAACGUUCCAGUGAGCCAGCACUCCGGAGUCAUUACAAACCACCUUGGGACCAGUGCCUCUUCCCCAAACUCGGAAUCAGACAACCAUGCACUUUUAGAUGAAAAAGAGGAUUCGUAUUUCUCUGAAAUCAGAAAUUUUAUUGCAAAUAGUGAGAUGAACCAAGCGUCAACUUUAGCAGAUAAAAGGCCAGAAAUCCAGGAUAUUGAUGGCAAUUCCCAGUGUCAUGGAUUAGCAAAUGAGAAAACAGAAGAUGUGGAUGAUGAAGAUGAAGAACUGGAAGAGGAGGAUGAUGACAGCCUGACAGGGAAGUCCCAGGAUGAAACGGUAUCACCCACCGCAGAGCCCCGAGGAGCAUUUGAGGAUGAAGAGGAUGAAGAGCCCACAUCUCUCACCAUGAGCUUUGACCACACCCGAAGGUGUAUUGAGGAGGACGAAGCCGGCCUGUUAGAUUUGGAGCAGAUGCCGAAUUUUGGGAAGGGGCUGGAUCUUCGCAAAGCAGCCGAGGAAGCAUUUGAAGUUAAAGAUGUGUUUAAGUCCACCUUAGACUCUGAGACAAUAAAACAGACUCUGUACAGGCAGGCUAAAAACCAGGCUUAUGCAAUGAUGCUGUCCCUGUCUGAGAACGCUCCCCUCCACGCGUCCUCCCAGAACUCGCUGGGUGCUUGGUUGGACAUGGCAGGAGCAGCUUCAGAGUCGGGGACCUUUAACCCCAUCAACCACCUCUGAGAGGUCAACAAGGCACUGGCCAGAGUCCCGGCGAGGAGGCGGUGGUGCUGCAAUUAUCCCAGCAAAAAUCCCAGCAAGCAGAAGAUGGAUGAGGGGGCCUCAGGGAGUCAUCUGGACUUUUGGCUGAGAAGGAAACCUGUCGCGUCUGAUUCACAGGUCCUGCAUUUUUAUCUAUCCAGAGUUUUCGUUUCUAAUUUAUCAGAAUGAACCUCUCCAGAACUGGAUAACCCUGAUGCAGCCCCGGGAUUUCACAGUUUAUAGGAAUAGCAUGAGCAAGACACGAAUUGCAACAGUGCAAUCAAAUAUUGGCCCCUCUAACCUUACACAAUGGUAUCACUGAGCCAGUAGAGCCUGCGUAUAAAUGGAAGCUUGAAACCAUUUGGUAGCAUUUCCUCUCAACUCAGCUGAAUAGUGAAGUACUAAGGGAAGAGCCAGGUGUGACCUCUCCCUGGUGCAAUUCUACACAGUCACUGGAGUUAUACCAGGGACGGGGAAAUUCAACCCAUUUCGUUGCCCCCCAAAAGAAUUUGGCGUGUGUGGUGGGUGAGCCUCGCUUGACCAAGGGCAGUUUGGACACGUCUUCUGACUUAUCAACCAGGGUUUUAUAGAAUGGCAGCUUGUCAGUGUCAAUGGUGGCAGCAGUUCCUGACUCCUGCAGUUGUUCUGGUAUGCUGGAUGGUUCUUAUGCAUCACACACUCCAUUCGGCCUCUCAUUUCAGUGGAAAGAUGAAAAUUUCCUUGCUUCAGCAACCUCAGGGGUACAGCCCUCUAUCGAAGCACGUAGCUCAGAAUCCAGUUGGCUCUCUGACUCUGCAAUUGCUGGCAGAUAUUUUAUGAGUCUCACCCUCUUCACUGAUACAGAGCAGCCUCCAGAAACACUGUGGUCGUGUCUCUGUUACUCUGCACUGCAAUUACAAUCUGCUGUUGGAGCAGGGAUUUUGCAGGCAAAGCUGACUUAGAGUAGUCAAGAAAGCACUUAAACCUUGCAAAGGAUGACAUUGGCUACACAGAGCAGAUCUCAAAUGUGUGUCUGGAGAAAUUUCGAAUGAAAGCAUCUAAGAUGUAGAAAUGAUGAGGACCAGACUGCUGCUGCUGGGUGACACCACGGGCCUCUGCAUCUCGCCCAUUGCAGUUCUGCAUCAGCAACCUGCUGGGAGCCCGGAGGGAACGUUGUGUCCAAAGCAUGGGAAGUCAAGAGGAACUUUUCCAUUAAGUUCAGCAUCUUUUAGUACUGGAUGUGCUUCCUGGAAGGAUUUUGUCAGGUAAUAACUGCUUGCAGAACUGGGAUAAUGGCCGACUUCAGAGAAACAGCACGCAGCCGUCAGCGUGUCUGCCUGCAAAUACCUGACAUGUGCAGCCGCUCUGCCUGCGUGGUGUGAAAGAGAACGGAUGGAGGCUGCUGUGCCAGUCCAGUGUGGAGAAACAACAGGGAAGCCUCACUCCAGCAUGCCAAAACAAAGGAAACAGCUACCUAAAUAAACAAAGCCAAGAUUGUGUUAGGAUGAGACCUUUGCAAUUCACUCUUUGCACCCAAGAGGAGACAUGAGGCUGUUUUUAGAUCCCCAGGAGCCUCAGACAGCAAGGAAAGCCUCAGGAAAGCAUCUGGGGUGGCUUUGGUACAGAAGGAACAAAAUUGGCAGCAUCAGCAUGUUUCCCAAGAGUAAUUUAACCCUUUUUGGUUUUCCACAACGUCCUGUGAAGGUGCCCGAGGCCGAGACCAACAGAGAGCACGGCCCGAAACUGCUUCAUCUAUUUGCACAAAGCUCUGGGGAGCAGAGCCCGAGAGCUGCCCAUGGCAGGAGACACCAGCUCUGCGAAGGAGACGGGCUCUCCCUGUGCAGCACAUCUGCCUCUGCCGCCGCUGCUGCAGCCCAGCCCUGCCCGGGCACUCGGCCUUUAAGUUAUUCCCACAGGGGCCAACUGAAAAUAAUAAAAGAAUUGUUUCUUUUCCUGAUGGAAUUUAUUUUAAUCUGUACAUAACUUGUAAUUUUUUGGCUAAUUCUUUUCCUAUUUUAUUUCUUCCUUAACAGUAUUUUUUGCAUUAGAUAUCACUAUUGUGAAGAAAUAAUGUUAAUAUAAGUAUGUAGUGAAGGACCAAAAUGGUGUCAUUAAGGUUGGAUGGUGUGUGAUCGGUAACCAGGGAGGAGGAAGAGUUUGUCCAUGUGCCAAAUGACCCUGACCCCCCCCGCUCGUCGUGCUGCCCCUGCUCCAGACAAUCACACCUUUGGUGACCUUUGCCUUGAGGCGCCCGGGGCAGAGCACGAAGGUUUCCGUGUGUUCCGUGGCCAGCAGCGAGCGACAGCCCCUCACUGCGUGCCCUGCGCCGCGCACACGAGCCGGGCUCUGCGGGGCGAGCAAGGAGCCGGCCGAUGGCAAGUGAGGCCACCGUGUCCCACCGGCCACGCGGAGGUGCAGGGAAGGGCUCUGCCUCCACGUUGCUGCUCCAGGAGAGCACGGACACAUCCCCGGCCUUAAGCACAAGAGCCUGAGCUGCAGCUCCAUAGCUUGGGAGUAAACCAUCCCUCUGAGCAUCUUUCUGAUAGGGACCACAGCGCUGUCUGCCUGCUGGAACAAGAGCUGUGGGAAAUAGGAAGCGUUCACGUGCUCUGCCCCAGUGGUUUGUUCCUUGUUGAAGCAAUCCUUGAGGAGGUCGGCAUCGCGCUCCUCAGCAUGAGGAGGCGAUGGAGCAGCCAAAGGAGCAGCAGCGAGUUGGUCUCCAAAAUGUGACCAAGUACCAAGAAAUGUUGCUGUGGGGAUUUAUUUGGGGUAUAUAUGGUCUUCCGUUCAGUAUCUUAUCCCUCCUGUUGUGUUGUUUCUCCAGGAGCACAGUUUGUUGGCUCUGCCUGGGCUGGGGCAGCUGCUGUGUCCUUCACGGGGCUGUCCCAUGGCUCUCCAGAGCACGAGCUCCUCUGCACGGGGACCGGGGGGCACAGAUCAGCCAGGGAUUAAGGACAUUGCAAAUAGAGCUUUUAAAAUCAUGAAAUGAUUUUUUUCUUUCCAUAUCUCCUUAUUCAGUCUUGUUCCCAUUUUCUCCAGCCAGUGUCUCUGUAGGAUCCCCUCUGAUUUAGCACUGAUUACAAGUUUUACUUUUCCCACAUUAAAUAAACAGAAAGACUCACUGAA